AAGAGUUUUUCGCAAAGAAAUCAUUUGACCAAACACAGUCGUGUUCACACUGGUGAGAAACCUUAUUGUUGUAGUAUAUGCAACAAGAGUUUUUCCUUUAGAAGUCAACUGACUGAACACAGUCGUGUUCACACUGGUGAGAAACCUUAUUCUUGCAGUUUGUGCAACAAGAGUUUUUCGCUAAAAAGUCCUCUGACUAAACACAGUCGUGUUCACACUGGUGAGAAACCUUAUUCUUGUAGUAUAUGCAGCAAGAAUUUUUCGCAUAAAAGUAAUCUGAAUAAUCAUAGUCGUGUUCACACUGGUGAGAAACCUUAUUCUUGUAGUAUAUGCAACAAGAGUGUUUUGAAAAAAAGUUAUUUGACUAAACACAGUCGUGUUCAUACUGGAGAAAAGCCUUAUUCUUGUAGUGAAUGCAACAAGAGUUUUUCGUUUAAAAGUCAUCUGACUGAACACAGUCGUGUUCACACUGGUGAGAAACCUUAUUCUUGUAGUAUAUGCAAUAAGAGUUUUUCACAAAAUAGUGAUCUGACUAAACAUAGUCGUGUUCACACUGGUGAGAAACCUCAUUCUUGCACUAUAUGCAACAAAAGUUAUUCGCAUAAAAGUUCUCUCACUGUACACAGUCGUGUUCACACUGGUGAGAAACCUUAUUCUUGUAGUAUNAUUUUCAAAUUAUAUCAAGUUUGA